CACCAACCCACACAACCACCACUACCUGAUUUCACACACACUCAAACACAUACAAAUUUCACGCAUAUGAAUAUAUGAUCACAUAUUCUAACUCAAUUACUUGAUUCACCUUGGCGAAAAAAAUGGCGCCAAAAACUAUGACAUCAAUUUCAUCUCCCUCGCACUUUCCGCAUUUGUCGUCACCGGCGGCGGUGGUUCAAUUGCCUCCGUAUAUUUUGAUCACAAAAAAAUCCAUCAUCCGGCGAACUUAUCCGGCGAUCUCGCUACGUAACAGAUGUCGUUUUCUGUUUCCGGUUCCAAUGGAGGUUUUUUCGACUGGUAGGUGUAAACAUUAUACGAAAUCAACGGAAGAGAGAGCGGCGGAAACAUCCGCCGGUAGUGAUGGUGACGAUCAGGAUUCCGGUGACGAGAGUUAUCGGAGUUCCGACGAGUUAUCGGAAACAUCCGCCGGUAGUGAUAGUGACGAUCAUGACGGUGGUAUGAAGAGGAAUGUUUCAUCUUUGUCUGAUGCUCUUAAUCUUGGCAGUCGUGAUCCGGUUUAUGAGGUUGUGGAAGUAAGCUCGAAAGGAAUGGUCUCAACCAGAAAAGUUAACAGACGGCAUCUGCUAAAGUCAAGUGGUCUUCGUCCUCGUGACAUACGGAGCGUUGACCCAUCAUUGUGGUUGACAAACACAAUGCCCUCUUUGCUGGUUCGUGAAAAUGCCAUACUAUUGAAUUUGGGAUCACUACGAGCAAUCGCAAUGCAAGACAGUGUCUUUAUAUUCAACUACAACCGUAGAGGAGGAAAAGCUUUUAUUGAUGAUUUGUUGCCUCGCUUAAAUCCUAAAAGUAUGAUUGGAGGAGGCAUAGUAAUGCCAUUUGAGCUUGAGGUUGUGGAAGCUGCCCUUAAUUCAAGAAUACAACACUUUGAGCACAGGCUAAUGGAUUUAGACCCGCAUGUUCAAGAAUUACUUAAAGUUUUACCGAAUCGAUUAACAGCUGGCAUAUUGGAACAACUUCGUCUGUCCAAGCAAACACUGGUUGAACUGGGAUCAAAAGCAGGGGCACUCAGACAAAUGUUGCUUGAUAUGCUCGAGGAUUCUCAAGAAAUACGUCGUCUCUGUAUUGUGGGCAGAAACUGCAUCCUUGGUAGAAGCAUGAAUGUGGAGUGCUCAGUUCCACUUGAUAAACAGAUUGCUGAGGAAGAGGAGGAAGAAAUUGAAAUGUUGCUGGAAAAUUAUCUUCACAGAUGUGAGUCAUGUCAUAAUCAAGCAGAAAGACUUCUUGAUUCUGCAAGAGAAAUGGAAGACUCCAUUGCUGUUAAUUUGAGUUCCCGUAGGCUUCAGGUCAGCAGAUUUGAAUUGCUUCUUCAGGUUGGGACCUUUUGCCUUGCAGUUGGUGCUUUAGUGUCAGGUAUCUUUGGUAUGAAUUUAAGAUCCUACCUUGAAGAACAUGUGUUUGCGUUUUGGCUUACCACCGGAGGAAUUAUAUUUGGUGCUGUCGUGGCAUUUUUUCUCACGUACUCAUACCUCAGGGCAAAGAAAAUCCUUUAGGCUGCCAGGCUCAUCUUUCAAGUAACAUUCAUUUAAUCAAGUAUUAUUCAAACAAGCAAUUUUUCUUACACAACUAGAGAAUGAAUUUAAAAGUAACACUCAGGUCAGAUACGAAAACAUUAAGAUUCACUAUCGGAGCUCUUGACGGGACCUAAAAAAUUAAGCUAAAGGUCCAUUUGAGAUAAAGUAUGCAAUAAAUUUUGCAAGAGAGUAUAGUCGAUGUACAUAUUGUAUAUAUGCAAUUCUUAUAUCAUUAUCAUGUGUACACCAUGGUAGAUAGAUGCAAUGCAUAGUUAAGAUGAAGCAUUUAAAGGGGCGUUUCUUUUGGGCCGCACCUUUCUUGGACUAUUUGCCAACAUCGUAUGGCAUGUGUUGUUAAUCAAUUCAACUUAGUUUGGUGUAAUCUGUAGUCGGUAUUGGAAUAGAGAAGUUACAGACUCUGUGUCAUGUGUUGUUUAUCAGUUAAACGUAGCUUGGUGUAAUCUGUAGUUGCCUAGUGGGUAUUGAUAUAGAGAAGUUACAGACUCUGAUUGUUUGUAAAAAGAGAUUGAGUUGGCAAUUUUGACACAUGUGGGUUAUGUUUAA